AUUAACCAGCGACAGUGCAAAGUUCAAGAAAGGAAGGGGAGCCGUCAUGGUUUUUCAGUAGUAGGUUAGGGUGUCACAUUAUUCGUGGAAGGACAUUUGAUCCACGAUAAGACCCAUUUUCCAAAGCUACAGCUGGAGCUGCAGAUGAGUCUUCCUCUUCGCUCCUUUUGCAUCCUCAGGAGUUUACUCUCUCAAAGGCAAAUAACACACUCACAGAGCCGAGGCCUGAGCGGUGCAGCCAUGCGUCUGGUGCAGUUUCAUCGCCAUGGUGACGGAGGAGGCUUCAGGGUGGGAGUGGAGCAAGGCGAAGGGCUCGGUGUGGUGGAUCUGAAGGCGUUUGACCCCUCCAUGCCCUCGACAAUGAGAGAGCUGCUGGAGCUGGGAGACACGGGUCUGGAGUGUGCACGGAGAGCCUUGGCGUCCGGUCAGUGUGUGGUGGAGCGAUCAGACAUCCAUCUGAUGUCUCCUGUGUUGGCCCCGGAGAAGGUGGUGUGUGUGGGUAUGAACUACCGUGAUCACUGCCUGGAGCAGAACGCCCCGAUCCCCAAAGAACCGAUCAUCUUCAGCAAGUUCCCCAGCGCCAUCACAGGGCCAUACGAUGACAUUACACUGCCCUCAGAAAGCCAGGAGGUGGACUGGGAGGUUGAGCUGGCCUUUGUGAUUGGACGAAGAGGAAAACACAUCAAGGAGGAAGACGCUCUCUCCUAUGUGGCCGGGUUCACUGUGGCCAAUGACGUCAGCGCGCGCGACUGGCAGAUGAAGCGUAACGGGAAGCAGUGGCUGCUGGGAAAAACGUUUGACAGCUUCUGUCCUCUCGGCCCUGCCUUAGUAACCACUGAUGCUGUGAAAGAUCCUCACAACCUGGGCAUCCGCUGCCUGGUUAAUGGAGACACGGUCCAGAGCAGCAACACUGAUCAGAUGAUCUUCAAGAUAGCAGCGCUGGUCACCUGGGUCUCAAAGUUUGUGACAUUAACUCCAGGAGAUGUGUUCCUGACAGGCACUCCUCCAGGUGUGGGUGUGUUCAGAAAGCCACCCGUCUUUCUAAAGAAAGGAGACGUGGUGGAGUGCCAGAUAGACCAGUUAGGCUCUAUAAUCAACAAAGUGGUCUGAACCCUGAGACAAACCGCUGAAAACAGGAACAAUCCAUGAGGGAAAGCCAGCUGUUUAAUUAACUGCACUUCUGAUUGGUUUCAUCACACAAUGAAAUACUAUUUUCAGUUAAUGUUUCAUAAUUAUUUUUUAAAACUUUGAGCUUGAAAGUGUGUUUCUUGAUGAAUGGUUUGUUCAUGAUACUACAGUAACUGUGAGGAAGGAAAACUUGGUAUUUUUUUACUACAUGAAACAGUUUAAUUACCUGACUCAACGUGGUGUUUGCAGCUCAACCCUAGUUAUUGAGUCAGUCAUCACCAGCUGUAAAAAUACCCUCUAUCAGCAGCCACCCACUCAUGCUACACAGCAGAAACUGUGAACCUCUUGACUUAUUUUAAUAUGCAAAAAAUAAAGUAUUUCUAAUUAUGUUUAAUAGUCAGGAAGAUAAAUGGUGUAUGAAAAACUAUUCUACUAACCUAGAGGAUUCAAACAGAUAUCCUCAUAAAAAGAAAGCAUAUUUCUGGAAGAAGAUCCCUCCCAGUGAUGAGGAGAAUUUAAUUUAAUUAAAAUUAUGCUGUCUUGAAAAUUUGUCCCUUGCAUUGCCUGGGAGAAAAUUCUUCAUAAUUACUGAGAUCUGGGUUCUGAUUCAUGUACCUGCUCGCUUCAUUUUCUUUUUGCUGAAAUCACUGAAGUUGAAUAUUUUCACUGAUGGGAAUGAGCUUUAGAGAAAUUCCAGGACUGAACAGACUCAUUUACAUUUUUCAGUAACCGUGAUGAGGUUACGUGUUGAGCCGGGUAAUUAUGUUUGAAAAUUAAGUCACUUAAUAAUGUAAGAAAUUAUUACAUUCAAAAUUAGGGAUUAUGUUACAUUCGUUUGGCAAAUUAUUUUGUCCAUGGCAGAUUACAUUUUUCCCAAACAGAUACUGUACAUUAGGAGUAACUUGGGGUUCAGAGUCUUGCUCAAGGACACUUCAAGAUGUGGACGUGAAGAGCUAGGCAUCAAACUACCAACCCUACAAUUAAUGGUGGACCCACUAUAACUCCUGAACCCACAAUUCACAGAAUGAGUGCCUUGAAUUUGAAGUUCUUGUGUAGACUAUUUCAGAGAGGUGUUGAAUCAACUGGUUAUUUUUGGGGAAGGGGUUUGUGGUGCUAUUGAACUAUACUCCAUUAUAACAGGAGGUGUUUCUAAUAUUUGUCAACCGUAUAUAUUGUCAACCAAAUAUUAGAAACACUUUUACAGAAUAA